UCUCCUUACUCUAUCUGCCAUAUCUGGUAUAUCUGGAUCAUGGCUAAACCUUUCGGUCUGCUGAAUUUGUGCUUUGGAUUUAUAUUGAGCUGCAGUGCAAAUUCACCUGAAUGGUUCAACAACAUUUCUACCAAUCUCUUCAAUUUGUCUGGAGACAUUAUGCUCGGAGGACUCUUUCCCAUUAACCACCUCACCAGUAACCUCAGCCAGAGGAAGGAACCUAACAACAUCAGCUGUGAACGUAUCAAUGAGUAUGGAUUGGGCCUUUCUUUAGUAAUGAAAUAUGCAGUGGAUGAGAUCAAUGCAAACCAAACUCUGCUCCCUGGCAUGAAGUUGGGUUAUGAAAUCUAUGACACAUGCACACAAUCUGCCAUUGUCAUCAAGCCUACUAUCUCUUUCCUCUCUGAAAAAUCUAACAACAUGCUAUCUGCGCAGUGUAAUUACACCGACUAUGAGACCAGCAUAUCAGCUGUGAUCGGUCCUUACAGCUCAGAAAUGGUGUCAGUCAUUGGUAAACUCCUGGGAUUCUUUUUGAUGCCACAGAUUAGCUUUGGAGCCACCAGUGAUAAAUUCAGUGACAAGCUUCUGUACCCGUCAUUCUUCCGUACGGUGCCCAGUGACAAAUGGCAAGUGGAAGUAAUAGCACUACUGCUGAAGGAGUUUAAUUGGAACUGGGUGGCUGUGGUGGGCAGUGAAGAGGAGUAUGGACAACAGGGUGUGCAAGAAUUCUCCAAAGCAGCAUCAAAUAAGUCAAUCUGUGUGGCUUAUCAGGGCCUGAUUCCAGUAUACACUGAUCCUGAACCAGUGGUCAAAACCAUCAUUGAUAAUAUCGAAAACACCAAGGUCGGAGUGGUAGUGGUUUUUUCUCUCCCAUUGCCCGCUCAGGUCUUUUUUAAAGAGGUUAUCAGGAGGAAUGUAACAGGUGUGUGGAUUGGCAGCACAAGUUGGGCAAUCCAUAAUGGACUGACUUCUCUCGCUGAUAUAAACAAAAUUGGUACAAUCAUUGGAUUCACUGACAAGACGCAGGACCUGAAGCAGCUGCGUGACUACGUAGAAGUGCUCUUCACCAAACUGAGGGAGAAGAACGCAAACACAUCCCCUCCAGCAUCAAUGUCUAGCAGUCGUUACAAUCCCUGCCCACUAUGUUGGAACUUGUCAGAAGAUAAUAUCACAUUGGUGACUGAUCCAGCAGUGGAGCGCAGUGCUUUCAGUGUGUACGCUGCCACCUACAGUGCAGCACAGGCACUGCACAACCUACUGGGAUGCAAUUCUACUAUCUGUUCACACGGACGUGAAACCAAAAUCUAUCCCUGGAAGCUGUUGGAGCAGUUGAGGAAUACAUCUGUAGACAUAAACGGCGUACAUUUGGAAUUUGACAGUAAUGGCAACCCAAACAUAGGAUACAAUUUGAUUCAGUGGGUCUGGAAUGAGUCGCAUUUUGAGUUUAUAGAUGUUGGAAGCUUUUAUAAAAAGCUGAACAUCAGCAAAUCCCUCUUUACAUGGCACACUGAAGACAAAACAAUGGUUCCUACGUCCACCUGUUCAGCAAAUUGUGAUGAAGGCCAGGUCCGCAGAGUCAAAGGUUUCCAUUCAUGCUGUUUUGAUUGUAUCGACUGUCCACCAGGCACUUUUAUGGAAGAUGAGGAUGACAUUCAGUGCACUAAGUGCCCUAGUGGUCAAUGGUCUAAAUUGAACAGCAUUAAUUGCACUCGACCUACCUUUGAAUUUUUGUCCUGGGACACAGCUGAGGCUCUGGGACUGAUGCUGGCUGGGGUGCUGCUGCUGAUAUGUCAGGGGUCAGUGUUUGUUAUGUUCAUGAAACACCGGGAAACCCACAUGGUAAAGGCCUCGGGGGGAGUCCUGAGUUUUGUGGCUUUGAUAAGUCUGAUGGGAGCUUGCCUGAGUCUGCUGCUUUUCCUGGGGAAGCCUGAGGAUGUGAUGUGUCGUCUUCAGCUGCCCCUCACCUCCAUUUUCCAAACAGUGGCCCUCGCCAUUAUCACAUCCAUCUCGCAACAGAUAUUCUUCCUGUCAGAGUUCCAAAAGACGGCUGCCUCUCACCUGCAUGUACUGAGAGGUGCUGGAUGCUGGCUGUUUCUGGUGGUCUGCUGUGUUGUGCAGGCUGGUAUCUGUGGCUGGUUUGUUUCUGAGGGGCCCUCAUUGUCGGAUUAUUUGGCAAAUAUGACCAUAGACUUUGUGACAGAAUUUCUGUCAUGUCCAGUGUUACCUUUGCCUGGAUUUGCCAUAAUGCAAGGUUUCAACAGUGCAAUGGCCCUUAUAUCAUUCAUGUGCACGUUCAUGGCAGCAAAGCCUCUACAUCAAUAUAACCUUGCCAGGGACAUAACGUUUGCCUCCCUGAUCUACUGUGUGAUUUGGGUGACCUUUAUUCCCAUCUACAUAGGUUUGAAAACCAAAAACCGGUCUAUUGUACAUGUGUCUUUUACCCUGGCAAGCAACUUCGGACUGGUGGCAGCCUACUACUUCCCAAAAUGCUACUUGCUGUUGAGAAAACCUGAGCUCAACACAGCAGAACACUUCUGUACCUUUCUAGAGGGCGUCCCAGCAAGCCAGGAGGAGGAGGAACCACAGACACAGACAGAGUCAAAGACACAGACACAGACAGAGUCAGAGCAAUAAACAGAAGUGCAGUUUUUUGAAUAAAAACUCAAAGAAUGAAUCUGUAAGAAUCAUAUAUUGUGUACAAUUUA